CUGUAUCCGCCACCGACGCGUAGGCGCCCAUACUCUGCCUCUGACGUCCAUGCGCGUGUGCACGCAGGCCCACCCAGAAUGCCGUCCUUCGCAGCGAGAUGCAUCUUCCUGUGCUGUUUCUUCUAUCUCCCCUUCGCAUGGGCAAACACCGAGAUCGUCAACUUCGUCGCCAUGGAGGGCUCCCUCACGCCCUCGCAAGCUCAGGCUCUGCAGGCGAACUGGACCGUGCUCUCUGCGGCAGCGCCAGAGAAGCUGCUCCGCGUACCGCCAGCACCCCUUGGCACGCCGCUUGCUGACGUCUGCCACCCGUCGCACGGAGCAUCCUGUUCACAUGAGCUCUGGCUCGCGCUGCGCCUCGACGAUCCCGCCUGGCGUGCCUACUCGCGCUUCACCCUCCGCGUGUCGUGGCCCGCGUCGUCACCCGCGGACUUCGACAUUCAAGUGAAGUCUGCCGAAGCGCUAUUCAACGAGCUGCAGGCGGGCGGGUUAGAUAAUGAUUUCGAUGCUCUUCACACUGGCCGGCGGAUGUACGCUCGCAUCCGCGUCGUGGACGCAGGCGUCCGUGUUCCCACUGCCGAUGGGUCGCGUGAGCGCGUCACGCCAGAGCCCGUCCCAUUCAUUGUGAUCCUGGAGCCGCUCUAUUUCGGCAUGCUUCCCGCGUCGGUAGCACCGACCGUCGCAUUUCUCGUGAUCGUCAUAAUCAUUGCUGCCUUUGGCAUUGUCCCACCAGUGCAGCGCUAUCUGGGUAGAGUAGCAGACGAAGUCAGGCAAGAAACGGCAUCUAGCCGUACCAAGUCAGACUGAAUGAAGCCGACACAGUAUACGUCCAUUGUAUAUCACAGACUCAUACCGCACACCUC